AUGGUUCUUCUUUUCUUCGGCGUCUCGAGCGAUGAAUGGGGCGUAGAGGCAGCCACGUUCGAAACGACGGAUGUACUCGAUCAUUGGCAUGCACCAACUUUAACAUUCGAAUUGUUUAAGAUGUACUUUUCUUUCUGUAUCAGGCAUGCACCAACUUUAACAUUCGAAGGGGUAUCUCUGAAAGUUGCUGACCAACAAUCUCGAGAACAUUGUUUGAAAGGACACACUUUUCUGUUGGAAUCUAUACACGAGUAUAAAUUUAAGGAAAAGUUGCAGUUGCUUUUGGAAGCGGGAGGUGCAAAAGUUGUUUACGCCGAAACUCUGGAUCCAUGUGCCCAGAAUUUAAAAGACAAUCUGGUGCGUGUGAUGCCAACUGGAUUAACAAGAAGCACUAGAAUAUUGAAUAAAUUCAAUUCUCUGCCUAAGGUGAAUGAGACGGAUAUAAUCUCGGCAGUUGUUUCUGGACAUUUGGAUCCUUCAAUUAUGGCAUCAUCAUCCGGUAAUUGCUCUCCGACCACAUAUACUAUGUUGGUCUCGUCUUCAUGUUCGACAGACGAGACAGUGGUAGCGGAUUCUGAUGUAGAAUUGGAAACUGCCACGUCAGCUCACAAAUCUGUGGUGGUGAACUUAGUCGAGUCCGCUGAAGAUGAAUGCGAGAGAAAUACAGCAAUCCACGAGGCGGAAUCUUCCGGAAAAGAUUGCAAAGCGGAAGAUGUUCAUAUUUCAGAAUCCGCCGAGCGCAACAGUUUUGUAGGGAAUACAGCUGCAUUCAAAACUAGCGAACACGAGAGCCGAGGAUUUUUACCUCUUAAUCGGAAUACUUUUAAACCUGUCAAGACUGAUAGUGUCAACAGUAUUACUUCAUUUGAUGACAGAAACGAAGUUACUUUGUCGAGAAAGGAUAAGGGCCAUUCAUCGGAAAGCGAAAAUAUUGAUGUAAUAUACAGCCAAGAUCUAAUUGUUCGAGUGUCUAAAAUACCCCAAUCUGCUCGUUCUUCUUUGAAAAGUUGUUCACUAGUAGACUUCAAACUUUUCAGGAAGACGAGUACUCCAUCUGGAAACAUCUUCAGCAAUCUUAUUCCGUUUUCAAAGUAUCCAUACGGGUAUGGUUCAAUUCUCUGCUCCAUUUCUUCUUAUCUAGUCUUUAUACGAUUUAACACUAUUUAUCUUUUGUAG